ACUGCGCGGCAUCUCCUCCUCCUCUCUGCUCUCAGAUCUCCUAAACUUCACACCAGCGCGACCUGAGACUGCAACACACACACGCACGCACACACACACAUACACACACGCACACACUCAUACACGCAUGCACACACACAUAGACACGCACCGCAAAACCCUGGACCUGGAGCAGCAUCGUCCACUUUAUUUAUUGAUGUACUCUUAGGCUGCAUUAGUUUCUACUUUAAUUGUUAUUCUUUUUUGUUGCGUUAGUUCUCUUCCUGUGCUGUGCACUUUAUUUUUUUCGACGCUUUUGAAGAAAAAAAAAUACAGAAACAAGAUGAUGUCCAUGAACAGCAAACAGCCUCACUUCGCCAUGCACCCGAGUUUACCAGAACACAAGUACACUACUUUACACUCAAGCUCGGAGGCGAUCCGGAGAGCCUGCCUGCAAACUCCACAGCUACAGAGCAACAUCUUCGCCAGCCUGGAUGAGACCCUGCUGGCCCGCGCAGAGGCCCUGGCGGCCGUGGACAUGGCGGUGUCGCAGGGCAAAGCGCACCCGUUCAAGCCCGACGCCACGUACCACACGAUGAACAGCGUGCCGUGCUCGUCCACGUCCACGGUGCCCAUCGCGCCGCCGCAUCACCCGCAUCACCACCACCACCAUCACCACCAUCACCAGAACCUGGAGCCAGCGGACCUGAUGGAGCACAUCAGCUCACCCUCGCUCGCCCUGAUGAGCAGCGCGCAUGAGGCCGGCGGAGGCGCUGGAGGAGGCGGCGGCGGAGGUGGUGGUGGAGGCGGUGGAGGCGGCGGAGGCGCAGGACUCAUCUCCACAUCGGCGCAUCCGCACUCACACAUGCACGGCUUGAGCCAUCUGUCGCAUCAGGCAGCUAUGAACAUCAACUCCCCGCUCGGACACCACCACCACCCGCACCACCCACAUCCGGGGCUUUUACCCUCCCACCCCGGCAGCGCUCAGGGCGCCUCCGGUCUCGUUCCCAACGGACUUCCGUCUCUGCCCGACUCGGAUACGGACCCGCGCGAACUUGAGGCGUUCGCCGAGCGCUUUAAACAGCGGCGGAUCAAACUCGGGGUCACCCAGGCGGACGUGGGCAGCGCCCUGGCCAACCUGAAAAUCCCCGGCGUGGGCUCGCUCAGUCAGAGCACCAUAUGCAGGUUCGAGUCUCUAACGCUGUCACACAACAACAUGAUCGCGCUCAAGCCUAUUCUGCAGGCCUGGCUGGAGGAGGCCGAGGGCGCGCAGCGCGAGAAAACUAACAAACCCGAGCUGUUCAACGGCGCGGAGAAGAAGCGCAAGCGCACGUCCAUCGCCGCGCCCGAGAAGCGCUCUCUCGAGGCGUACUUCGCCGUUCAGCCGCGACCCUCCAGCGAGAAAAUCGCUGCGAUCGCCGAGAAACUGGACCUGAAAAAGAACGUGGUGCGCGUCUGGUUCUGUAACCAAAGACAAAAACAGAAACGGUUGAAAUUUUCAGCGGCGCACUGAUGAUGAUGAUGACGAGGAUGAUGAUGAUGACAUUGAUGUUGAUGGUGAUGAUGAGGAGAAGGACAAUUUUUGGACCAAGGGAUCUACACUGGUGUUUGUAGGUCUGC